AUGGCAGCCAUGCGAUUUCGGUGGGCAGCAGCACUGGCCUUGGUGGUGUGUGUGGCAGUGGUGGCGGAGGCGUCCAUUUACAGGACGACUGUGACCACCACCACAGAGGAGGAGGUGUUUAAGGGUGGGAAUUCUGGGGAGGGAGAGAAGGAGCGGUGCAGGCAGGAGAGGAAAAGCCUAGAAUCAUGCAGGCGCUUCAUCCAGACCGGGAGGCCUGAGUUAACUCUCUUUCCUUACCAGAGGGAUGCUCCGCGAAGGUGCUGUGAGCAAUUGGAGAACAUGAGGGAGGAGUGCAGGUGCGAGCAGAUAAGGCAGAUGGCUAGGAGUCUCAUGUCCGAAGCGGGGCAGGGAGAGCAGCAGCAGAUGAUUGAACGCGCCGAGCAACUCCCACAAAUCUGUGGCAUCUCUCAGCAGCGCUGCUCCAUCAGUUCAUUCUCCAUGGCGUAGAGGACGCAGUGGGGUGUUGUUUGUGAAUAAAUAAGGAGCACAUACAUCAUCGUGUGUGUCUG